AUGAACAGAGAGGAAGAGGCCUGCACCAACAUGAAGCGGGAGGAUGACCAAUGCUUCGCCGAGAAGUUCCUCAAGGUCGACGACUCCCGGGACCCCUGCACCGACCUCUUCAAGAGCUACCAGCAGUGCGUGCAGAAAACAAUAAAGGAGAAGGGGAUUCCCAUAGAAGAGCUGGAGUUCCUGGGCCAUAGCAAAGAAAAGUCAGGAAGUUCUUCAUGA